GAGAGCAGGCAAAAGAGAGAGAGAGAGAGAGAGAGAGGGAGCAGGCAAAAGAGAGAGAGAGAGAGGGAGCGCGAAAGAGCAAAAGAGAGACAGAGUGAGAAAAGGGAGGCAAAGGAGCAGCAGCAUCUGAGAGGAAAGGGGGGCCUAAACAGGACAUCAGCCAGAGUAAAGACAACACAUUGUGACAGAAUGACGUUGGCAGCGUACAGAGACAAGGUGAAGGAACUCCCUCUGGUGUCACUGCUCUGCUCCUGUCUGAAUUCGAGAGUGAGCGACAAGCCCCAGUACAAGGCCGAGGAUGUGGUGGACCUGAACUGGUGCGUGAUCAAAGAGGUGGAAGUGAUCGAGCUGAACAAGCGUGCGUCCGGCCAGGCCUUCGAGGUCAUCCUGAAACCGCCCUCGUUUGACGGCGUGCCCGAGUUCAACUCCGCCAUGCCCCAACGCAAGGACCCCUCCCUGGAGGAGAUACAGAAGAAACUGGAGGCAGCUGAGGAGAGGAGGAAGUGUCAAGAGGCGGAGCUGCUCAAGCACUUAGCAGAGAAGCGUGAGCACGAGCGUGAGGUCAUCCAGAAGGCGUUCGAGGAGAACAACAACUUCAUCAAGAUGGCCAAGGAGAAGCUCGAGCAGAAGAUGGAGACCAACAAGGAGAACCGCGAGGCCCUGUUGGCGGCCAUGUUGGAAAGGCUGCAGGAGAAGGACAAGCAUGCAGAGGAGGUGCGUAAGAACAAGGAGAUGAAGGAGGAGGCAUGUCGGUAGACACAGAGAACAACAACUAAAGACUGCUGUCGCUAGUCAAGGAAGAGGAGAAAACAGACAGACAAAUGAAGGGAGGAGAGGAGACCAACCAACUACACAAAAUGAAAUGCAGGGAAGCUCAAACCACACACAGGAGGGAAAAUGAAGAUGUGAGCAAACUCAAUUCUCAAAUCGUCGACGUUCAUGAACUAUGCCAAUCUUGUCUAGAGAAACAGCAACCAAAACAAAACUAUGUCUUGAGAAAUCCAUGUUAAGAGAAGCCGACGUUUGUGGCAGCCCAUUGUGCACCGUGGUUGGUGUGAAAAGAUGAAAUGAUUGACAGAGAGAGAGAGAGUGUGUGUGUGUGUGUGUGUGUGGGGGGUAUGGGAGGAGGAGAGAGGUGGGGAGCAUGUCUCAGGUCACUCUACCUCAGUGUAGAGAGAGGAAAGAAAAAAAGAGACAGUUAUUAAUAUUCUUCACUUUAGCCAAAGGGAGGGAAAAUUGGAUCUAAUUUGCUCUAAAUAUCAUCCUGAGUGUUCAGAGUACGUUUGCCCAUUCGUAACCACUUGCUGUACUGCAAAAUGUCACUAUGUAUGAAAACAUGUGCGCACGCCCACAACCACACAAACACACCGACACACACACACACACACACACACACACACACACACACACACACACACACACACACACACACACACACACACACACACACACACACACACACACACUUAACUCUGACCUAUCCAUAAGCACGCAUGUACAUACACACACACGCACAUGCACACACGCACACACACACACACACACACACACACACACACACACACACACACACACACACACACACACACACACGUACACUUAGUAUAUGCCAACUGCACAGACACGCAUGGAAAUUCUUGAAAUCUGCUUGUUAGUUAUGUACAUAAACACUGUAUCCUUGAACCAGUCAAUUUCAAUAAAUCCAUAAAUACUACAAUAUACCAUUCACACAAUUGGCAAAAAAUCUGGUCAGGAUUGUUACCAUUUGUUUUCAGUCAGAAACCAACUCUGCAUGUGAUGCACAUGAUCUACUGGUGUGUGUGUGUGUCUGUCUAUUUAGCAAACUAUAAUUCACACUUCAUAACUUCAGCUUCUAAGCAUACUAUAUCUCAAGCAACUCAUUAUUGCACUGCAGAUUCACAAGCACAAUAGACUUUUAGUUUUUUUCUUUCAUUCCACUGCACUUCAUAAUAUGCCAAGCACAAUUUGGAAGCACAUCUUCACAAGCCAUAUUCACAUUAUUUGCUAGGACGGAAACAUACUGUAUAGGGCAGAUGACCAAGGAGACAGUGAUCUGUUCCAUCCAAAAGAGACAGGGAGCUGGAGUGUGGGGCAGGUGGUUUGACGGGCAGCAGAAGCACUGGGACAUGUGUUUGUGUAUCUAGACGGGCAGCAGAAGCACUGGGACAUGUGUUUGUGUAUCUAGCUUGAGCGUCUUGCUGAUGUACUUUCAGGUUUUUGCAUACUGUAUGUGAUGACUUCAUUAUCCCUGUGAAAGAACAAAAAAAAAUCAUACAAGUCCCAGUGUGCACCAGGAGCAUACAAGUCCCAGUGUGCACGAGGAGCAGCUAGCCUUCUGAAUACCUCCAGGUUGUGCUGGUGGUACUGUGUAUGCAAGCCAUGUUGGGCAGCUUUGUAGGACAACUUAAAAAAAAAAAAAAAAAAACCUUAUGGAAUCCACGCUGUUGUGCUUGCUUGUUUUGGUGCAUCACGAGUGAAGUACUCAGAGUUGCUAAAAUUGUUGCAAAAGAUAGCUGCUCUUCACUGGUGGAGCAGGUGGGAAGUGGAUGCUUGAUGUACGCUAAGUGUAGUAAUGCUUAUGGUGUUCAGUGUGGGCCAAAAAGGGGAAUUUCAUGGAAUGUUUUUUGUCUUUCCCAAUGCCACCCUCCCACAUAAUGUGUAUGCCAUGUUUUUAGCACUGGAGGUCACUCAAUGUGUUAAGAAAUAUGGCACCUCUAUUCGCUAUCAAUGUCUUUGACGUCCUAAUGGCUAAAAUUGUCUCUUUUUUCAGCAUGUUCAGUUAAAGCUUCUCUUGACAUAAAUAAACAAAAAAAGUUG